ACCAACCGGCGCUGCCGCGACGGGAACGGGGGAAAGACGUAACGUUUCAAGAUGGCGAAGGACUUGGACGAGCUCUUGGAUGAGGUCGAGUCCAAAUUUUGCAGACCCGACCCACCGACACUGGGCAUAGUGCAGCGGCCCAGAGGCUGCGGCGGCGGCAUCCUCAGCAACGACCGGAACCGAGCCGAGGCGAAAAAGAAUCUCAGGUUAACAGGCGGGAAGGGUGAGCUGUCCUGUGAUGACUUGGGAGCCUCUGCAGUAACUCUGUUGGAAAUGUUUGUGGAAUUACACAAAGGCAGCUUUGGAACAACCCAAGAAAGUCAUUCUUGUCAAUUUAUGCCUGCAUCUGUGGUUUGGUUUUGUUUGGUCUUGGUGUUCGUGGGCAUGAUUUCCCAGAAAGCAUGUGAUCAUCUGCGUUGUAUAGCAUGUGAUUUCUGGGUAGUAAGCUACGACGACUAUAUGUGGGACAAAUCAUGCGAUUAUCUGUUUUUCAGGAACAACAUGCCAGAGUUCCACAAGUUAAGAACAAAGUUGGUAAAGAAGAAAGGAACACGGGCAUAUGCCUGCCAAUGUAGCUGGAGAACUAUUGAAGAUCUGACUGACCUUCAGACCGAUCAUCAGCUUCGUUGGGUUUGUGGUAAACAUUAAGGAUGCAGACUUUUCGUAUUCAGACAAAUGUAUACAAUGAGAGCAGUCUCCAGUAAUUAUCAACAUAUUUAGAAAGAGGUACGAAGCAGUAUCAUGCCCUUUGGAAAAAGACAGGAAAUUUCAUUUAAUGACUAUAUAGUAUAGAUUUUCAAAGACCUAAUGGACUUGAGAAGAUAAUGUGCUUUAACAUUUUGGAAUUAUCUCUUUUUGAUGUAUGGGCAUUUCACUUAGUAAGUAAGGUAGCAAGUUAUCCUAAUUCUUUGCUAGCCUAUCUCCUGUUAAAUGGAAGUUUUAUUAUGGAGUUUCAUACAAAUAUAUAGCCAUUCAUUAGCAACUGCAGUAUUAGUCACUGCUAAUACACUUAGCUAAAUAUUCCUUAUUUACAACAUUUAAAGGGGAUAAAGCCAGCCAGUGCAGAGAGGUCACUGAGGGGUGUAUAUAGCAUCUCCUCUGGUCAGAUCUGUUGUUGCCAAAGAUCAGAAUUUAGACAUGGCAGAAACCAUGUGAUCAGUGGCUAACUGAAGGAUUUGGGGGAGCACAGGUUUAUUGUAAAUGAAAACACUGCCUAUAUUGACCUUACCUCAGUAACUCCAAAUGAUAUUAUGCACAAUAAUGAUAAGUAUAUAUUCUAGUUUUAGCUUAUUUCUUCUCCUUAUGUUCAUUUAGAUAUCAAAAGUUAGUUUGCUAGUUUAGUAAAUAUUCAUUUAUAUAUAAAAAAAUGUGUUGGUGUCCCUAUAAUCAUAAGGAAAAUCCUAAUAUAGAUAGAUCAUUAUUGGAUUUUUUCCAAGUAGUUCUGUAGCCUUCAGUGCCUAAAAUCCCAUCAAGUGAACAGUAAGUAAAAUACUUUCUCAGGCAGCCUGUUGAUUUUCUGGUAGGAUCAGGUUGACAUGUUGAUUGUUAGAUGAGUGCAUGAGAAAAGAAAUAAAGCAUAGUGGAACCAACAGGUAAUCUGAGGUAGGACAGUGCACCUCCUUGACAUCUCUGAGGCUGGAGGAACCCUACAAUAGCAGCACAUUCAGGAAAUCAGUUAUCUCAAAAUUAUCAGUUCCCAGCACCAUGGAAAAAUUCUGGGGGCUUUCCAAUCUGCCAUAAGCUCUUUAUUGCAUGUGUCUAAGAUAUAGUUCAAAUGUAUGACACAAGGCAUGCUGAAAGGGAGUAAUUGAAGUGAAGUUGUGAUUGCUUAGUCUUAUGCUGAAUCCAUUCCAGUCACACCACUCAAGUAAGAAGAAAGACCGGCCAUUAAAAUCCUUUUCCUAGGUGUGACACAUUUGCUUACCUGUAAAACUGACUCUAGUAAGUCUAGCAUUGCAACAAAACCCAUAGUGAACUCACAGUGGCAGAUGCUUACAUUUUUGUAUUGACAAUGUUUACAGAUUUUAUCUUUGAAUAAAGAUUUUUUACUCCCUAAAAUUUUAUCUCUGUGUAAUUGUAUGAGAAACAAGGGGAUUUGAUUGAGAAACCACUAGUCACAAUGGUGAUGUUUUCUCUUUAUUCAAAUGAGCAAAUCUACUAAAUCAUUAAUUUGAAAAUAUGUUUUUCUCUUUUAUUAUUUCAUUACUAUCCUAUAUCUUGGAUACAUUGCUCAUGUUUGGCAUUCCAUAAUUCCCCAGUGUCAGAAAUGUACAUAUGAGUUCACAUUUUUGUUAGCAAUUUAUUUUAUAAGCUUUUUAAUAUUGUAUAAUUUUUAAUCUAAAAUGUAGAAAGAAUAUUAUGUUUAUAUACAAAUGGAUAAAUUAUUACCAGUGGAAAUUUAAGCCACAAUGCAACUAUUUUAGUAACAAUGCAGAAUAAAAUCAUAGUUUGAUGAACUAUAAUUUUAAAAUGUAAAGUCUAUAAAACUUUCAAGAUGUUUUGCCUAUUUGUUUUUAAUAUUUAUAAUAAUUUUCUACUUUAGCAAUUAUCUAUUUUUUGUCAAGCCAGGUAGCUACUUUCUUUGAACUGUAUUAUACUCUCAGACCCUUAUCCUGCCUAGAAAUGAAUAAAUAAUAAAUAGCUUUAUUCUGUA